UUAAUCAAAUCUUCAAGUUUCCAAGCUGUGGUCAGAAGUGAACUUCUGUUUCAAGUUGACAGAGAGCGCCAGCUAUGACCUCAGCCACUCCCCCCUCCUCAGAGGGCUCCUCCCCACAGAAGGUAUGCCACUCCCAGACGCAGACGGACAUCACCAAGCCCCUGCUGGGCUCCACAGGGGCGGCGGGAGGUGUUGGCACAGGUGGAGGAGGACCAGGAGCUGGAGGGCCCAGUGCCCUGCGAAGGAGGCGCCGUGUCCUCUCCAAAGAUGGACGAAGCAAUGUGCGUAUUGAGCAUGUAAGCGGCCGAGGGGCGCUGUACCUCCGUGACCUCUGGACAACUUUUCUGGACAUGCAAUGGCGCUACAAGUUCUUCCUCUUCUCUGCCACCUUUGCUGGGACCUGGUUCCUGUUUGGAGUGCUUUGGUACCUGGUAGCAAUGGUGCACGGAGAUCUACUGGAGUUUGACCCCCCGUCCAACCAUACCCCGUGUGUAAUGGAGGUGAAGACACUGACAGGGGCCUUCCUCUUCUCUCUGGAGUCUCAGACCACAAUUGGCUAUGGCUUCCGGUGCAUCACAGAAGAGUGUCCUGUCGCCAUCGUCCUGCUCAUUUUUCAGCUGGUCAUCACCAUGGUGAUGGAGAUCUUCAUCACGGGAACCUUCCUCGCGAAGGUUGCUCGUCCCAAGAAGAGAGGCGAGACAGUGAAGUUUAGUCAACACGCUGUUGUGUCAAAUCAUGAGGGUCGUCCCUGCCUCAUGAUACGAGUGGCCAACAUGCGCAAAAGCCUGCUGUUAGGAUGCCAGGUGACGGGGAAGUUGCUUCAGACGUCACUGACAAAGGAGGGCGAGACGGUGCGGCUGGACCAGCGCAACGUGCCUUUUCAAGUGGACACGUCCAGUGACAGCCCCUUCCUCAUCAUCCCCCUGACCUUCUACCACAUCAUUGAUGACAACAGCCCUCUGAGAGCCUGGGCAGCAAAAGGUGGAGGCUGGACGGAUCCGGAGCUGGCUGACUUUGAGCUGCUGGUGAUCAUGAGUGCCACAGUUGAGCCAACCUCAGCCACCUGCCAGGUGCGAACAUCCUACCUUCCCGAUGAGAUCCUCUGGGGCUAUGAGUUCCCCCCCGUCGUCUCCCUGUCCCCCUCAGGAAAAUACGUGGCUGAUUUUGCCUUCUUCGACAAAGUGGCCAAAACCAAAACGCCACCUCUCUUCAAGCAGGCCCUGCCGCCGAGCUCGCCAUCACAGGCGUCCCGUUAUCACAGCGGCAAGGAGGAUGGGACGGACCUGGAGAAGAUGAGGCUGGAGGAGAGCUACAGAGGGGAGGAGAGGGGGCGAGAAAGGGGGCGCAUCAGAGAUAGCAGCCCACUGAGUGUGCGUAUUAGUAAUGUUUGAGGGGGAGAGACAAGAAGAGGUUGUGGAAAGUUGAUAUGAAACUGAGAUUAAUGGUAAAGAAAAAGUACCAAGCUGCUCAACAGAAGAUGUCAAACCUAAAAACUGUCUCACCGCUCUGCCAACACAUAUUUAAAUUGUGGCAGGAAAUUAAACACCUGGGCGCCCUUUCACUCAAACCCACCUACCACAGACUGGAAUGUCAAUGUGCUACUGUGGAAAUUCUGCAGAAGAGAUUCUCACCAUGGCUGCACCACCCCGCUUCAUGGGUUACAAAACCUGACAUGUUCAAAUGUACAGCACGGCA